CGACCCCCUUCGCCCCGCCCCAAAACCCCCGAUCCCCCUUUCUUCUUUCCAUUCUCUAAUCUCUCUCCGGCGACCGUCUUCCCUUCCUCCGACGGCCGGCGAAUACGGUGGUGGAAGAGCGGGCGGAGAGGACGCCGGCGCCCCUCUCUCUACGAGGCACGAAUCGUGAGGCAAAGGAAGCUGUGAAAAAAGAAGAGGAGGAACCAUGAAUGCCCCGGAUCGUUACGAACGCUUUGUUGUCCCGGAAGGCACCAAGAAGGUAUCCUAUGAGAGAGACACCAAGAUUGUCAAUGCCGCUUCCUUCACCAUCGAGAGAGAAGACCACACCAUUGGCAACAUCCUUAGAAUGCAGUUGCAUAGGGAUCCGAAUGUGCUUUUUGCUGGUUACAAGCUUCCGCAUCCUCUGCAAUACAAGAUCGUCGUCAGGAUACACACCACGAGCCAGUCAUCGCCGACCCAGGCAUACACACAGGCCAUUGAUGAUCUUGACAAGGAACUCCUUCAGCUGAAGAAAGCGUUUGAGGAUGAGAAGAACAGACUUGAAGGGAAGCCCUACUACUAGCCUGGGCAGCAGCAGUCGCUGGUAUUUUUGUGGUCAUCGAGUGAAUGAGCUGGUUGUAUUGCAAUUUCCUUGGACCAGAAGUUAAAAAAACUGUUUAGAGUCACUUUUGUGUGAUUGUAUGUAAACCUUAAAACCCAUAGCCUUUCUGACCUUCAUGCAUCAGGAUUACAAGCUUCUGUACUGCAACUGCCUGAACUCAAAACUGGGCACAUUAAUAGUUUUGGACUGGAGUUACAACUAGAAAUGAGCUUCCAUAACAGAUUGCAUCAAAUUUGGCAGGCCCGGAUAUGUUCUGGGCUUAGAUUAGGACUGGCCUGGAUCUUAGAUCUGAACUCAGCCCACAUCUGGACUUGGGGGCUUGUAUAAAUUGGCGGACGAGAUUGUAAUACGGAAGAAUCCAAAUGAAUGGAUCUGACUAUAAUAUAGGUAGGAUUUAA